AUUUCUUAUGCUCGAACAUUUUGCAUAGCAUUGCUAUUGUUGUUUCAGUGCCAACCCAAGGGAAGCCGGUUUGGAACGUAAUUCAGAUAUAGAUAUUUUGGUGUUUGGAUCAGUGUGGUGUUUAAGUUUCUAGAGAUUGGAAGUGUGAUUGUUUAGGCGCUUACUUCAAUUGAAAAUACAUUUCUCUAUCAAUUAUUAAAAAAGUUAUAUAUUCAUACUGCCACUGUCUAAUGGCAUUUGUGUAAGAAUGCAAGAAUAAAAAUGCUAUUAAAAAUGUGCAUAACAGAAAUACCGAAUGAGAAAAAAACUUUGUGUUUUAAUACAACGUAAAGUAAAUAUUCAAUACUACGAAUCAUACAUAUGGAUGCAUGCAUAUAUAGUUCGUCAGUGCUUGCAAUACAAGCAAAAAUACAUGUGAAUUGUUUGUUUGUGUUCGAUUUGUGCAGCUGUGUGYGAGUUUCACCAUUUUUGUGAUUUGACGCAUAGUGUAUAUUACAAAAUGUCCAGGGAGGAGGAAGAAGAGGAAGUUCGUUCGCUGCUUUUGCGGCAUAAGGACCGUAUAAUGCUCGACUUGUGURAAACGGACCUCUUGACGAUCCUUGUAAAGAACACUGUGUUAACGCAAUCCGAAGAAGAUUUGCUAUUGGGAACACAUUCUGCAGCAUCUGUUCCGUCCAGUGCUCUACCUAGCGCCGUUGUUAUUAAACGGAAACUAAGCACUGCUGUUAGCAGCGGCAGCGGCAGUAGCAGCAACACAGUUACUAGUUACGGUGAUGGUGUGUUAGGUGAGGAAGUCUGCACCAGUACAGCUGAAUGGAGUAAUAAUAAUUCUCAUAGUGCUAGUGUGAUAGGCGACAACGCACAAAGUGAUAAUCGUUCCGUGACACCGUCACUUGUGAAUAUUAGUGAAACAGAUGGCAUCAUUGGUACUAGUGUCGACCAAAGUAGUGAAAAUAAUUGCGAAGAAAAUUUGAAAUUAAAUUUAAAUUCACUAAAUGAUGCUGACAUAUAUCAAGAACUAUCUACAAAACUAAUAGAAAUCAUCGCUAAAGGCGGAUUUAUUAAAUUCAAGCAGUUCUGUUAUGCAAUCGACAAUGAAUGCCCGAAACUUAUUGAGGAUCUAUUCAAUGAUAAGGAGAAAUGUGAUGCUGCAGUUAAUAACACCUCAUCAUGUGAAAAGAAAAUUCAAAAGGAAUUGGAGCCCAUCGAUUGCAUAGAGAAAGAAAAGGAAAACGAUCGCAAUCGACGAGCAGUUAGCUAUGUUGGUACAAGUCGCGAUGUUGGUUCGUUGCCACGUGCUGCUCCACGUCGGAUAUCACUUAUGAAAGAUCCUCCUCCGCCUCCACCACCAAAACCGACUCAACUAGCGCCAAUAAAAAACGUCUCACCCACCCCUCCCCUACCUAGUAAUUACAAGCAGUCUGAUUAUAAUCUAAUCCAAAAACUCGAUUCGAUUACCGGAUUAACACCAACCGCCCAAUAUCAAUUGCCGAACUUUUAUGAAAACACGAGAGGGAGUUCAGAGACCUAUACAAUGGUCAGCAACAACAAUAAUUACUCAUCGCUGCUAUGUCAUUCCAACUCCGCGUCCAGCCCUACUGGUGUGCGAAAGCGUGAGAAACUUCUUCAUCGGUUUAGUGACGCUGCCACUUUGGGCCGUAAACUAAAGAAGAAAAAGAAUACUAAUAGAACGUGCCGUUCGAUGACUGAAGCCAUUGAGAUGCUUGCCGAUCCCGUCAUAGAGGAUGAAUUCUUUGGUGAUCGUACAACAUGGGAAUACCACACCGUUUCUGUGACACGUGUUCCGGGAUAUGGAUUUGGUAUUGCAGUUUCAGGCGGUCGCGACAACCCACAUUUCGCCAAUGGUGAUCCAUCUAUAGCUGUAAGCGACGUUCUAAAGGGUGGUCCUGCAGAGGAUCGUUUGCAAGUUAACGAUCGUAUAAUAUCGGUGAAUGGAGUGUCUUUAGAAAAUGUUGAAUAUGCCACUGCUGUACAAGUCUUAAGGGAUAGCGGCAACACCGUAGCGCUUGUGGUUAAACGGCGUGUGCCUAUUACUUCCAUCGCACAGAAUCAUCAUUCCCAUAGCAUGAGCUCGGUAGGGGCAAUUGCGUCGAAUGUAAGCGGCGCACCAAUUCAACCAGUGGGUUCGAUACCUAACACCAUGAGUCCACCGAAUUCGCUGAAUACCGCUUUUGUGCAAAAUAAUGCAGCGCAACCCAUCAAAAUUACCCUCUCAAAAGGGAGCAAAAAGGACGACUUUGGCAUUGUGCUUGGCUGCAGAUUAUUCAUCAAAGAAAUUUCAACGAGAGCGCGUGAUCAAUUAACGGCCAAUGGCUAUUCGCUGCAAGAAGGUGAUGUAGUUACGAGAAUACAUAACACAAAUUGUGGAGACACAAUGAAUUUGAAGGAGGCAAAAAAAAUUAUUGAUGCCUGUAAGGAGCGUUUAAACUUGGUGGUUUUACGCGACAUCACCAAUCAGGCGGUAACAGCAAUGACCAAUCAGUUAAAUAAUUCAGCAACACAAUCGAAUUUAUAUAUUAGCCACCAAGCACAGGGUUCCAACUGCAGUAAUAAUUUGGAUGAUCCAUAUUUGGGAGGUGCAAAUUACUCAUCUCAGAAUUUAUAUGUACAACCGCCGACUCGUUCGAUGAUGAAUGGUGCAGCAAAUGGAAUAAAUGAGGAAAAAAGUAAUCUGACACCAAGGGGUCGUUCACGUGGCCCUAUCAUGGAUGGUGUUUCACUCUUGCAGCUCGACCGUCCAGUAACUCCUCCAAAUAGUAACCGUGCACGAAGCGAUGAGCCGCCGCGACCGCCUCCUCCUCGUGUCAAUGGUAAUGGAAGCACAGAGGACUUUUAUAGUACACGUCGACAAGUAUUCGAGUCAGAUCAAAUGGCACAUUCACGACAAUCGUCGGAGCCACGAUUUAUAUCCUUCCAAAAAGAGGGAAGCGUGGGAAUACGACUGACGGGUGGAAACGAAUCUGGAAUAUUUGUUACGGCUGUUCAACCUGGUUCCGCAGCAUCUUUGCAGGGACUUUCUCCUGGAGAUAAGAUCCUUAAAGUCAAUGAUAUGGAUAUGCAAGGCGUAACUCGUGAAGAAGCUGUUCUUUUUCUACUCAGCUUGCAAGAUCGGAUCGAUUUAAUUGUGCAAUUUUGCAAGGAUGACUAUGAUGAGGUGGUGACGAAUCAGCGUGGUGAUUCUUUUCAUAUUAAAACCCACUUUCACUGCGACAAUCCUUCRAAAGGUGAGAUGGCGUUCAAAGCCGGAGACGUUUUUCGUGUAAUUGAUACACUUCACAAUGGUGUUGUUGGCUCAUGGCAAGUACUGAAAAUAGGUAGAGGACACCAAGAGAUGCAGCGCGGUGUUAUCCCUAAUAAAUCCCGAGCUGAAGAAUUGGCAACUGCACAAUUCAAUGCAAACAAAAAAGAAAUGAAUUCAAAUGAAUCUCGCGGAAAUUUCUUUAGAAGAAGGAGAUCUACUCAACGCCGUUCAAAGAGCCUUUCUAGAGAAAAUUGGGAUGACGUUGUUUUUGCCGAUAGCAUAUCAAAAUUUCCUGCAUACGAACGAGUUGUUUUGCGCCAUCCCGGAUUCGUUCGACCGCUUGUACUUUUUGGUCCAGUCUCUGAUUUAGCACGUGAAAAGCUGGCUAAAGAUUACCGCGACAAGUUCUCUGUACCUCUACAAGAUGAUGAUAAGUCGAAUUCAAAAUGUAGAAUAGUGCGCUUGUCAAAUAUACGGGAUAUAAUGGAUCGCGGCAAACAUGCCCUACUGGAUAUAACUCCGAAUGCGGUUGACCGCCUAAACUAUGCGCAAUUCUAUCCGAUUGUUAUAUUUUUGAAGACUGACAGUAAACAUGUCAUUAAACAAUUGCGACAUGGACUGCCUAAAUCGGCACACAAGAGCUCGAAAAAAUUGCUAGAACAAUGUCAGAAACUCGAACGUAUUUGGUCACAUAUAUUUAGCACCCAGAUUGUAUUAAACGAUGAGGAAUCAUGGUAUCGAAAGCUACGCGAUGCAAUUGAUCUGCAGCAAAGUGGAGCGGUGUGGAUGUCUGAGUCGAAGCCUAUUGAGUCCCUGUCCGAUGAUUUCCUUUUUCCCAUGACCACCUCCCGUUUAUCGUACGCAUCGAGUCCGGAAUCCGAUUUGGAAUUAAGUCCAGGGCCAUCGACAUCAUUAUCCCUUGGCAAUUUGCCGCAAUUGGUUAAAUCGAGUUCAGAUCCGUCAAUAGCCACUAAUCAGGAUAACUUGGAUAGGGAUAGAGAUACAGUUGGUGAUGGACUACCACCUCCAUAUACGGUUCCUUACGAACAUGCCGUUAAUUCACCUUCAAACCGUCGACAGACCAUUGAAGCCAAUAAGUAUGAGACUUAUGCGACACGAUCAAGUAAAAUUGGUGCAGGCGGCGGAGUGACCGAUCCUUCAACAACACCUUCAACACGUCCACAAUCUUUGUAUGGGAUACAUGCGCCUGUUCUACCACCGCGUAUCGAUCGUCAAUUGAAACCAGGUUUGGUAGAGAUACCCCCAUCUUCUAGAACGAAUAGUUCGGGUGGAACGUUGGGCCGAUCAGCUCAAGAUCGUCUGUUUGGCAAAGCGAUUGUCAAUGACGAGGUGCAAGCUGAAUACAUCUCUCGCAAUGUUAACGACUCAAUCGAUCGCCAACACUCUUCAUUAGAGCGACAAGCACUUCUCAAUGCAGCCAUAUCUACCCAACCAAGUAUUGGCAACAAAGCCACACAGCCAAAUGUCAAUUCGUACGAUAGUACGUCCAGUUAUGAUUCUUAUAAUGCUUCGCAAUUAACUGUACAAAAUCUAGGCAGGCUUGGGCCGAAUGCUCCCGAUGAUCUUAAGUCAGUACCGAAUGCAAAUCGUCCGCUACCACCAGUUGGCAUUGGCUCUAAGGGUGUGGACUAUGCCCGCACCAACCACGACCAUCGAAAUUUUUCAGGUCCCAACGAUCUUAAUCGUCAAAGUCCGGUCAGAGCUACUUAUCAUGAGGCCAAUACAGCUAGAAAUAUCGAUUCACGUAACGGACAAUUGCAUCGACCAUCAAAUUUGGAACUUGACAACAGUCCACGUAAACCGGUAGUUGAAACAAAAACUGACUAUGGAAAAUAUAGCCGCAAUAACUCCGUGACGCAAGCUGAUUACAACAAAUUGCCGAAAAAUCCACAUUUGAUUUUACCGACAUCGAAUAUAAAUAAUAACGCUAGUAAUGGAUCAUCGAUAAAUGGUACUGGCCCAUUUAAACCAGUUCCCCCACCCAAACCCAAAAACUAUCGCCCACCAAUGCAAGGAGGUAACAGCACAGGUCAGUGGGAAAGUGGGGACUCGAGCUCUCCGCGUUCACCAAAUGGAUUUUUUUAUUCAUCCUUGGCAGCUUCUCAUCAUCAUUACUCCCAGCAAACACCUGGCUCACCAGGCCCUGGCAAUAAUAAUAACAACUGCAUGCAAUCAACAUAUAGCAGCGGUGGCAAUUUCGUCCAACAGUCACAAUAUCCUGCUCCUCCAGUCAACGGAUAUGUUGGUAACCACCACUACAACGGCGGCAGUGGUACAGGGCCUUAUAUUGCUCCCCAUCGGGGCAUGCCAGGUUCAAUUGAUUUGGCUGGUAGUCGAGAGCAGCGCGGAUCCGCAUUUGAAUUAUACCGCAAACCUCAAAUUGGCACAACAGCGCACCAUCACAACAUGAGCGAAAUGGAGCCAUAUGAAGAAAGAUUUGAGGGUUAUUAUGCGAUGUCACCACCUCCCCCGCCACCAGGUCAUCCAUGUUCACGUUCAAUCUCCAGUUAUCCAGGUCAAAUAGCUGCACCUCAACCGUCUCCAAAUCAUAAUGCUGAUUAUUACACUUAUCAAAUGCCUCAAAAGUCUUACUUAGAAAAUAUAAUGCCGCCACCUUUACCACCGCACAAAACGAAGAAGAAAUCAGUAUUGAAAAGUCCUUUGGUGGCUAUUAAAAACGCUUUUAUUAAAACAACAAAGCCUCUAAGGCGUAUGAACAGUAUGGUUGAACCAGAACGGAGACCGAAGUCAUCGAUUAAAAGACAGCAUUCAAUGCUUGAACAUGGUAUGCAAAGACCCUACUACCCAGAUGAAUACCCCACAUAUCCAGCUGGAUUUGAGGAUCGAUAUUCCCAUGGAUCGCAGAGAAGUGGCAUGGCUUCCCAUAAGUUGAUGCCAAGAGAACAGUAUUUUAGACAACAAUACGACGGUCAUUAUCAUCAUGACUUAAUAAAUAGUACAUAUCAAAAUUUAGAAAGUGAAGAUAUAUAUGGAAAUAUGGGUACGGUUCCUCGAAAGCAUAGAGGCUCGACAGAAGAGUAUGCAACUUCUGAACAUGAAGAUUUAUAUGCAAAUAGAGCUUUUAUUGAUUUGGAACGCCGACAKGCUGAGGCAAUAGCGGCUGCUAAUCGAAACGGUCGGAAAAUAAUACGACGGCAUAGUACCACGACAGCCGACCACAUUGGUCGUAAAAUACCAGUUAUUGAUUCUUCCAUUGUGUCAGGCUAUGACCCGGGCGUAUAUAAAAGUAAAAUGGAUGCUUUUAAUCCACCAAAUCAACGUAGAGCUCCAAAUUCAGAACUUAUGACACGCAGACAUUUUUAUAGUUCGACCGUGAACGAAAUGGUGGAACCAACUUAUCAAUACCACAGGGAUCUGCCACGCGGCAUCCGACGAAGUCCACCCAAUGAAUUUAAAAAAGAGAUUCAAGGAAGGAAUAGAGAGCAAGGUUGCAGUUCACAUAGUAGUAGUCAAUCAGAGCGUGAUGACAAAUCCGAACGUGAAUCAAUUUACCAAAGUAAACGGGAAGUCAAAGACAGUGCUUUGAAAACACGUGCUCAGUUAAGGGAUCAAAUUUACCAAACUCGUCGGGAAGCAUUAGAUAGCAUGGCUGAACCAAUAUAUGUUUCCAGAAAAAAGGAGACUGUUCGUCCAGAGCCUAUAUAUGAAACUAAGGAAGAAGGUAUUUUGCAUUCACGUGAAAAUGAGACUGAUGAGAAGAAAGAAGAGUAUACUGAUUGUGCAAAUUCUGAAGGAAAUCAGAUGAACGAAGCCUUAAGUCGAUCAGACCUACAGAAAUCCUCAGACACAAUAAUCGAAAAUACAUUAGCAAAAUCGCCCGAUCCUCCAGAAACUAAAGCCCCUCUUGUUCAGAGUGAGGAUAUAGAUGAUGAUUUAGAUGGCACAGAUAACGACGAGGCAACAUUGUGCAAAAUUCCCARCAACGAAUUAAAAGAAAGCGAUGCAAUAAUGCAAACAUCAAGUAACGAGUCUCGUGAGCUCUUAGACGAAGUAUUUGAAAAAUUUCCUUUGGUUGUAGAGGGGCCACCAAUAAAAGCUUUAGAGCCACCACAACCAACUAAAUGUAUAAACACUCGUCCACCACGUGUACCAUUUCAUAUUUCAAAUAUUUUAAAACGCACAGGACCUCCACCUAACGCAGCUAUGGCAGACAGUCGUACGUCUUUAGAAACACAAUACACAUCACAAGCAAGUUUACCUGUAGGCCCACCAAAAGCAAGUAGUACACCUUAUACUAGUAACAUAUCGUUACCGAUAGCUGGGCCUCUACCUACAACAGCUCCACCUAUUGCAGCUACAUCAUCUACAGAUGCAUUUCCAUCUAUCCCACGUGAGCCGAGUACCACACGUGGAAUCUUUGAUUCGAGUGGAGGAAYGCUAGCAGACGCUGUUUGGAAUGUUUCUCUCCAGAUACCACCGGGCGCCAUCCAAACUGGCGUGAGACAAGAAAUAUAUUUCACAGUUAGUGAUCCAAGGUUGGGAGAAGCCGUUGGUGGACCUCCACUGGAUAUGGAAAACGGUGAAACAAUGUUAUCUCCYUUAGUAAUGUGUGGUCCACAAGGGCUCGAAUUUCUUGUGCCAGUAACACUUAAUAUUCCACAUUGUGCGGGCAGAACAGCAUCAUUGGGAUUGGCGUUGAAAGCGACCGAUAGCGAGAAAAACUUACAUACGGAGUGGGACAAUAUCGACUUACCAAGCAACGCAGCUGCUCAUACAGUCUCAGUGAAAGUGGAUCAUUUCUAGAAUAUCAAAUUUUUUAUUUAGUUUAAGACGUAAAUAUCAUAUUUAUUUAUAAGAGUCAUUAUAUUGAAAUUAAUCCACCAAUAAUCAGUAUCCGCAAAUAUUUAGUAGUUACAGAAAACAGAGUGUAUUUGUAAAUAACAAAAUAUUAUUACACAUACAAUAUUACAUCCAUAUGUUUGCAAUAUGCUGAAAAGUGCAAAAAUAUUUGUGCCUUUAAAUAGGUAUUUUAACACAAAAUAUGUUAGGACCCAAAAUGUGUAUAGUUGUUAGAAUGAUUUCAUUAAUAUAAAGAUUAAUACUUGUAUGUCAAUAAUAAGAAUAUGAAUUUAUGGUAGACAAUUUUAAGGUUAUCUUUAUAAGCAUAAUCUAAUUGGAAAGUAUUGUAUGUUAAAUACAUACACAUGUAUACAAUAAGUAUUCAAAAAUAUCAGUAAUAUACGCAUUUUUAUAUACUAAUUUAACGGUUUA